CUGCCAGGUGCCGUGUACUAUGAUUCCUAGGUACUAGUAGUAGGUGGUCUCUAUUCGCGCGAGGCGGCAGACACCACUGCAGCAACCCAGUGGUCGGUUGUACUUGUACAAUAUUGAAGCAACAAGCCGGAGGAGGCCAUGCUGGAUGUUGUCCAACUUCAAACGCUCCCGUCUCUUCGCUCGUCGCCCGUCCCUCGUACCAGGUCGCUCUUUAACCACACUGCAGCCUUGUAUCGGGAAGGGCUGUCGGUCAUUGAACGUUCUUCCUCCUGUUUCUGUCCAACGGCUUCUCCCCCCUGAUAACACCAGGACCACGGGAUCUACAAAAAUAAUUAGACUCCAGGACUUCCGGAGAUUUCGAAGCUUCGAGCAGUGGGUUGUCACCCAUCGCACGCGGGGCUGGGCCAGGCUCGAGGGCUGUGCCGCUAUGGAUUCGACUGAGACAGCAAUCGACACGACAAGUAGAGUAUGUGAGACCCAGAGCGGAUACAUCUGGUACAUUUGUACCUGGAAACACCCCUACUAUAGCGGUUGCUGCCGUGUUGAUCCGUGCAAGCAAGAUCCCAUCGGUUGCCCCAUCGGUUGGCCUGCUUCGGCGCGCGGCCAUCCGGUAGCAACCACCGAUUCGGCCUCAACUUCAAGGCCACGCACGACGAGCAGGACAUCUCCGAUCAGAACAACACCGGGUCUGACGCGCACAGAAACUGCCGCAGCAUCCUCCUCCCCAUCCCCUUCGUCAACGCCAACUCCAGGCGCAGGCGCAGGGACAACAGCCACCAUCUCCUCCACAUCAACCGCGGUCAACGCAAACAAUAGCAGUAGCGGAAUAACGCUGUCUGUCGGCGCCCUUGUCGGAAUCGUGGUCGCUUGUGCCGCUGUGGCCGUCAUUGCGGCUCUCAGCACCUGCAUGUGGUGGUGGGGCCGGUGCCGACAACGGAGAGAUAGCAUCGCUCCGUCGCUACUAGUAGUAAGCGGGCCGGUCAAGGAGCCCAACCCUUCAGCGCUGGAACCCGUUUUCGACUCGUCUGUGGCUCACAGCAUGCCGAGAGGGGUGUCUGACCCAGCGAGCGGUAUGGCGCCCUGUUCAAGCCAGCAUCACGGCAAUACCCAAGGCACUUCCAACCCAUCGCACUGGGGGCCAAUGGUGGUGGUGGUAAAAGAGGACAGUAUGAUGAGCUCCCCUCCAGCACGCGGCCUGCACCUGAGCAACCCGAGCAGCGAUGCUCACAGCAGCCACGCCAGCUCCCUCGCGCCUGGCAAUUCAUGGGGAGUGGGAGUGAGUUUAGCGUCAAGUCCAUCCGAGCUUGGCUCGGCGGUGGUCCGUCGAGAGAUGGAAGGGGGGCAGGCAACGCAGAGUGAGGCGGUUGAGAUUGACUCCCGGCCCAUUGUGAAUGAGGCAGUGGAGUCGCCCAGGGCGACGCUCAGUUCGACACAGCGGGAGCGUGACACCGGCACGUACGCAAACAGCUGGACGAGAUUUCAGAAUCUGCAGUUGUGAGAUCAAAAGUCUGAACUGGUCUCUUGUGUCAAGACGAUGCUCCGAGCAAGCUGGUUUGGAUUAGUCAGGCGUGAGCCAUUACAUUAGAAAGAAAGGGUAUAUUUUCUUAUUCCGAUGGAGAUCAAGAAGAUGAAAACAGCAAAUGAGAACAAGCACUGACCCAAGUCCGUCUAAGCCAU